CACUUUUCCAUCUCUCUCUCUCUCUCAAUGGCGAAAGGAGACGAUGCGGUUAGGAGGCGGAAGAACAAGGUGGAAAGAAAGAGGCUGAGAAAGGAUUCAUCCUCAUCCUCGGCCGUCUCCUCCCGUGUCGCUGCCAUCAUCGCUUCCAAACGCCGCCGCAAGUCCGGAAAACGCCGUAUCUGCGAGGGCAUGUGUUUCAGCCUCCCAACUCCUGAGGACCCCUUCAAUGAAAGAAAUGAGAAGAGGGAUUUCAACAAGAAAAAACCCAAGAAACUUGCUCGUGAGCAAUUUGACGUGGCAUUAAGAGGUAAUGGGCCUCAAAAGGCUAUCCUCGGUGAAGAUCUUGAAGAAGCAGACCAGCAGGACCUCAAAAAAUUGGAGGUUGAAAAUUGGGAGGACAAGCAAAGCAAGCUCCUUUCAUGCUUUUCUAAAAAGUAUCAAACAACAACGGCAAAGGCUGGAGAACCAAAGGUUCCACAGCUUGGGGAAUUUGGAGUUGCCCAUGCUCAGCGACGGCUCCGUGGAAGCAUCACCGAUUGUCAUUCGAAGUUUCUUAUUUUGUGCUUGAACGCAAUAGAAAAGGCAUGGAUGCAUGAUGGUACCUUUGAUGGGGAUGUGGACAGGCCGUUAAUGGAUAAUGCAUGGGGAGCUGAGUUCUGGGAACAUUGUUCAGUGGGGUCAGAUAUCCUGGAGACAACCAGAGCUUGUUCUAGUAGAGAGCAGACUGCAUGGCUGGUUUCUGCUGCUUCUGAUAUUAUCACAAGAAAAGAGAAAGAAGGCCUAUUGGUUGAUAGCCCCUUUCUUUUAUUGCUUGUACCAUCUCAAGAAAAAGCUAUUAAGGUACGAUCUGUGUGCAAACCAUUAAAGGCUCUUGGAAUCCAUACAGUGAGCUUACAUCCUGGUGCCUCUGUAGAUCACCAGGUUCUUGGUUUAAAGAGUUGUGAACCUGAGUUCCUUGUGUCCACUCCUGAAAGGCUUCUUGAGCUUGUUUCCUUGAGGGCCAUUGACAUAUCUCGCAUCUCAUUAUUGGUCCUUGAUGGGUUGGAAAGUCUUAUCAAUGGUGGUUUUAUGGAAAUGAUAAAAUCCAUCAGGCAAUAUGUUUCUGGAGAUCCUCAGACAGUUAUUUUCAGUGAUGUCUAUGGAAGCUUGUCUACUUCAGUGGCACGAAAUCUAUUGCGAGGACCAAUAUGUAGGUUGUCACUUAGUGAUUCUGUAUCUAGCCAGAGUGUUGGCAUUUCUCAAUCCAUUUACAUGUGCACCUCAGAAGAAGAAAAGAUGUCGAAGGCCAUUGAAGUCCUUAACGAAGUAUGUGAUGAUCGAGUGCAGUCUUCGCUUCUUAGAGUUCUAUUUAUAACAGGAACAGCUGACAAGGCUCAGACAUUUGCUACUUCCUUCAAAGCUGAAGGUUUUAACAUAUUGUAUGACCCCUCCUGUGAUGGGCCACAAGAGGAACAUUUUGCUAAUCAUGACAGUAAGAAGAGAUUGUCGGUGUCGGUGAUGGAUAAAGAGCAAAUCGGGGGGUGCACAGAUGUUGGGGACUUUGAGAUUGUAGUGUUUGUCGAUUUCCCCUCGUCGAUCGAUGACUACGUCGAAGUCCUCACAGCAAUGGCCCGCUGUUCAGUUGAUGGGGCAUUGCAUAGCUUCUUUUGUCCGGCAGACAUGCAAUCAGCUGGUCCGCUGGUCCAGGUACUUGAACAAUGUGCUCAACCCGUGCCUGAUAUUCUAAGAAAUUACAUUUGACUCUUCAUUCACCUCGGAAGGCUAGAGUUAAUAGUAAUCUAAAACGAUCUUGACUCUGUUCAAUCGUUUUUACCCAAGUUGUAACGCUGUAUUUUUAAGCAAUUUUGCAAUUUUGCCCAAGUCCCGAUGAUACAUUUUUUUAGCGGUUUUGCUCUUCUUCAUUCCUUUCUCUUUAUGUAAUACAAAAAGAAAGUGUUUUUGCUUUUC